UUUUGUUAUAUAAAGGACCUCUUGGUUUUCUCAAACCAAGUCCAAGCAAUACCAAAGCAAACAACCUUCCAUGAAUUUUCCCAUGUUUUCAUCCCCAUGGCUUCCUUUUAUACUUCUCAUCCUCUCAACCUGUGUCACUGCAACACAGUAUAGAAUUCCAAGGCUAAGUCCAUUUAGCAGAACCUUUCUUCCUAACACUAAAGCUUCACCUGUUUCCGAUGAUUUCAAGACAUUUUAUUACAACCAAACGUUGGAUCACUUCAACUACAAGCCUGAGAGCUACACAUCCUUCCCUCAUAGAUAUAUAAUCAACUUUAAUUAUUGGGGCGGCGCAAAUUCUAGUGCUCCAAUUCUUGCCUACUUGGGCGCUGAAGGGCCACUGGAAGGAGAUUUGAACGCUAUAGGGUUCAUGACUGAUAAUGCUCUUCAAUUUGAUGCUCUUCUUGUUUAUAUUGAGCAUCGAUAUUAUGGGAAAUCAAUACCUUUUGGAUCAAGGCAAGAAGCACUUAAGAACGCUAGCACUCUAGGCUAUUUCAACUCGGCUCAAGCGAUAGCAGAUUAUGCAGCUGUUCUUAUACAUUUGAAAAAGAAGUUACAUGCUAAAGAUUGUCCUGUAAUUGUCCUUGGUGGGUCAUAUGGAGGAAUGUUGGCUGCAUGGUUCCGGCUGAAAUAUCCUAAUGUUGCACUUGGAGCUUUGGCGUCUUCGGCCCCGAUUCUUUACUUCGACGAUAUCACGCCACAUAAUGGAUACUAUUCUAUUGCCACCAAGGAUUUUAAAGAAGUUAGUGAGAGUUGCUAUGAAACUAUUCGAGAUUCGUGGUCUGAAAUGGAAGCUAUGGCUUCUAAGCCUAAUGGCCUUUCCAUCCUUAGCAAGGAGUUCAAAACAUGCAGUCCUCUGAAUAGUUACUCUCAGCUGGAAGACUACUUGUGGUCAAUGUAUGCGGGUGCAGCCCAAUACAACCAACCACCAAGAUAUCCGGUCACUAGAAUCUGUGGUGGUAUUGAUGGAGCUUCUUCUGAAAGUGGAACUCUUGGCAAAAUAGCUGCAGGUGUUUUUGCUUAUGAAGGAAAGCUAUCCUGCUACAAUCUUGAGCCCAAAAAUGAAACUGAAACCGAUGUAGGUUGGAGAUGGCAGAAAUGCAGUGAGAUGGUGAUGCCAAUAGGCACAGACAAUGAUACUAUGUUUCCACCAUACACUUUUGACCUUAGAAGCUUCAUAAAUCACUGCAAUCAGUUAUACGGCGUCUCUCCCAGGCCUCACUGGGUCACCACCUAUUAUGGUGGCAAUGACAUAAAACUCCACCUUCAAAGAUUUGGCAGCAACAUCAUUUUCUCCAAUGGACUCAGAGAUCCUUAUAGCAGUGGCGGAGUAUUGCAAAGCUUAUCAGACAGUCUCCUUGCAGUUCAUACAGCCAACGGGUCCCAUUGUUUGGACAUUUUACGGGCAAAUGAAACCGAUCCACAAUGGUUAGUGAAACAAAGAGAAACAGAAGUUAGCAUCAUUAAAGAAUGGAUCAGGAAGUACUAUGCCGAUCUUAAGGAGUUCAAACAAUAGCUAAAAAGAACACAAAAGGGUGAUGAAGGGGCACCCUACUUCGAACAUAAAUUUAUGACCUUGUAUUGAAUCCAUCAAAGAAUGUGGUGAAAAGCCCUUUUCAGAGUUAUGAAAGACUCUUAAUAAAUGGUGGUGCCCUUUCUUUUCUUCCCUA